CCGGCGGGAUCCCGCGCGCGGGGCGUUCACCGCCCGGGGAGGUUGCAGGUUGCAGGUUGCAGGUUGCCAGCGGUUUCCAGGCGAAGCGACAGAUCUCCGAGUUCUUACCCCGAGGGUGGCGGAUGCAUGCAAAACUCAGAGAGAACUGACACUCCUCAAAAGUGCUUGGCUCUGCACCAAUGUGCUGCAAUUUACAAAACAACGGACCACGAGUUGGAUUAGUUUCACUAACUUUUUGCUUGCAUGGAUUCGAUGGGCCGAAUUUCCUCACUUAUUUUUCGCGAAUAAUAAUAACCGGGUUGAGCUGUUUGUAAUCUAUGGAUAUGAUUGACGAUGUAUGAGGCAGAGGACGACAUUUCGGUUGCGGUAGAAAAUAUAUCUAUUGAAGAUGGGUCCAGUGCACCACAUGAAAAUUGUGCAGAAAUUUCAACUGAUGUCAUAUCCUCUCAAUUGAACGAUUCUUUGGAGCAUGACCGUGGUCUUGUGCCAAUUGACAAUCAGAGUGGUCUAGAAGAAGAGGCUACAUUAAAAGAUCCAUCGUCCACUGAAGAAGCAAUUAACAUCACAUCUGCUGAGAAUAAUGAGCUUAUAUGUCUUGACACAGAUUCCAACAGAAAUCAGAUGUUGGAUACACAUAUAUCAGCAGAGGAAAAUUUCACUGAGGCUUCAAUUUCUAAUAAAAGUACUUGGGGAUCCUGGGGAGCUUGGGGGAAAUCACUGAUCUCCACAGCUACAGCAACUGUGGGUCAUGGACUUAACACUGUAAAGGGAAAAGCUGAAGCAUCGCUCAAAGUACAUGGUUCCCCAGCAUCUGAAGAGAUGAAACUACCCGAGUCAGAUGAAGUUGCUAUUGCAUCAGAUACCCAAGAAGCACCAUCUGCAGAUGAGUCACCCUCUUCUCCCACUGCCGAAUCUCGUGGCAUGUUGUCAGCCAUUUCUAAUGUUGUUCACAACACGGGUAAAACUGUAAUCACGGGUGGCUUGGAUGCUCUGGAAUUUAUUGGCAAGAAAACAAUGAAUGUCCUUGCAGAGAGUGACCCUGGAUACAAGAAAACAAAGAUAUUGAUAAAUAAAACAGCCACUUUGUCCCAGAUGUUAAGAGAAGCAAAAGAAAAAGAAAAACAACGACUUUUUUGUCAAAUUACUGAAGAGAAGACGGCUCACUUUGGGAUGAUGUUUGAUGACUUCCAAGGUCUUGCACAUUUAGAAGCUUUGGAAAUUUUAUCUAAUGAAAGUGAAAUAAAAGUUCAAUCAGCUUUGUUGUCCCUCACAGGAGAAGAAUUGGAGAACAUGAAAAGAGACCUUAUAAGUAUUAAAGAGGUGGUCUUAUUGAAAGAAUUCAAUACAGAAGAAAAACCAGAGGAACAGAAAGAUGAUGAGGAGUUUGUGAACAUAAUAACUGAGUUACUAUUCGAGUUGCACGUGGCUGCUACUCCAGACAAACUCAACAAGGCAAGAAGAAAAGCUUAUGAUUGGGUGAAAGAGACAAAUUCUACUCUUGCAGUAGAAGCUGAAAGAAAUAUUACAGAAGCAAGUGAUGAAAAAGAGGAUAAACAGGAUGAAAAACAACAACAUGAAGAAAUUAAAAAUCACAAAAUACAAACUGAGGAUGUUUUGAUGUUAUCCAUUGAGAGUCUGGCUGAAGUAACUGCACGUUGCAUUGAACAACUCCAUAAGGUGGCUGAAUUAAUCCUACAUGGACAGGAUAUCGAGAAAUCGGCAAUGGAUCAAGCUAAAGUCCUUACUGCGUUAACUAUUGCUAUGUGUAAGGAAGUGUCCACUCUUUCUCAGAAAUUUAUUUCCUGUUUAAUUCGAGCAGGGGCUAAAAUGAAAGCAGAGGUUCUAAAUCCACAUGUUAAUACUAUUUUGCUGGAGGGCUCUAACAGUGCCACCUACAUCCAAAGUGCAUUUCAGUUGCUGCUUCCAAUUCUUCAGAUUUGCCACAUGCAGUCCAGUACCAACAAAGCAACCAAAUAGGAUGGGAAAUUGUGGCACCACCAUAUUGGAUUAACGAUUAAGUUUCAGAAGUUCAAGCAACCAGUAGCAAACUUGCCAAAAAAAUAGAUGGUCACAAAAAUGAUACUAAGACUACAAAAAACACUAAUUUCUGAAGACACAUUGAAACACUAGUUGCAUUUGUCUUUGAAAGACUGAGUUAACAGUAAUAUAGAGCUUUGUACUUUUAAAAGAAAUUAUCAUUGCAAUGUGUGAAUCAAUUUAUUGACAUGUUUUAUACCUCCAUGUGGUGCAAUUUCUGCAUUACAUUUUAGAAUUUUUGAAAAUAUUUUUAAUUUCAAAUUGUACUUUAUCUAAAUUUUGCAAACUACAAAUUGUGUGAAUAUUUAAAACCACCAUUGAUACAAAAAUAUAGGCUUGCACUCUGCACCAACUGCACUUUUUCAUCAAGUCAAAGUACAAACAGCAAAUGUUAUUGAUAUAUGUACUUCAACACAGGUGUAAUAUCUGUAGCAUUAUUGAGUAAUGUUGACCAGCACAACAAUACAACAUUGAUAACAUUGCAAGAGAUUCUCUGUAAUACUCGGAGUGGCAUCAUUUUGUAUAAAUGAUGUCUACAGGAGCGGGGAUGCAGACCUCUACAGGCAGGCAAAGUACAAGCUGAGAAGAGGAAUCAGAGCUGCCAAGGAAAGGUACUCUGAGAAGUUGAGGAGCAAGUUCUCAGCUAGUGACUCUUCUUCAGUUUGGAAGGGCUUGCAAGAAAUCACCAGCUACAAGAGGAAAGCCCCCCGCUCUUUGGACAAUCGUCAGCUGACCAACGACCUGAAUGAGUUCUACUGCAGGUUUGACAAGCAGAAACGUAACCCUGGUUACCCCCCCCCCCCCCACUUCCCAACCAACACAGCCAGACCCCAGUCUGCAAAGACUGAACCCUUCUACACCCACUCCUCCCCAUUCACCACUUCACACCUACUUAAAGCAAGACUCCAGUCUGAAAAGACUGGACCCUUUCCCACCCACCCUUCUCCAAUCACUACUUCACACCCAAUUACCCAUCCCCUCCGUGCUGCACAACAUCACUGCUCCAUCAUCAACAUUAAAAAUAGAGGAGGUGGAGAGGCUGUUCAGAAGACAGAAAAGCCGGAAAUCUCCAGGACCAGGCAAUGUUGGAUGAUCAGUCAUGAGUUGGAUGAUCAGCCAUGAUCAUAUUGAAUGGCGGUGCAGGCUCGAAGGGCCGAAUGACCUACUCCUGCACCUAUUUUCUAUGUUUCCCCCUCUACUCUCAAGCUCUGCAGAACAAUUGGCACAGGUCUACACAGACAUUUUCAACCAGUCCCUGCAAACCUGUGCUGUUCCUGCCUGCUUCAAAGUCUCCACUAUUGUGCAUGUUCCCAAAAGGGCAAGAGUUACUGGUCUUAAUGACUACAAGCCUGUCGCACUGACCUCUGUCAUCAUGAAGCCCCUUGAAAGGCUUGUGCUGGCCAAGCUGAAAAAUAUCCUCCAGCACCUAGACCGCCAGGGGACCUAUGCUAGGGUUUUGUUUGUUGAUUUUAGCUCUGAAUUCAACACCAUUGUGCCAGAGCUACUACACUUCAAACUUUCCGAGCUGACUGUGCCUGACCCCCUCUGUCGGUGGAUCACCAGCUUCCUGACAGACAGGAAGCAGCAUGUGAGGCUGGGAAAGCACAUCUCGGACCCGUAAACCCUCAGCCUAAGAGCACCACAAGGCUGCGUACUCUCCCCUCUCCUCUACUCUCUCUCUACACCAAUAACUGCACCUCCGUUGACUCCUCUGUCAAGCUUUUCAAGUUUGCGGACGACACAACCCUGAUUGGACUGAUCAAGGAUGGGGAGGAAUCUGCCUACAGACAGGAAGUGACAGCUGGCGGCCUGGUGCCAUCGCAUCAACCUGGAGCUCAAUGCUCUUAAGACAGUGGAAUUGAUAGUAGACUUUAGGAGAACUCUCCCUCCCCUCACCCCACUCACCAUCAACAACACCACACAUCAGUGGAGUCUUUUAAGUUCCUGGGAACCAUCAUCUCCAAGGACCUUAAAUGGGGGGCUACCAUCGAUUCCACAGUAAAAAAAAAAGGCACAACAGAGGAUGUACUUCCUGCGGCAGCUGAGGAACCACAAUCUGCCACAGGCAAUGGUGGUCCAAUUCUAUACGGCCAUCGUAGAGUCUGUCCUCACCUCCAUCAUGGUCUGGUUUGGCUCAGCCACCAAGCACGACCUCCGGAGGCUACAGCAAAUCGUCCGAUCAGCAGAGAAGAUUAUUGGCUGCAACCAUCCCUCCAUUGAUGAACUGUACACUGCAAGGACCAGGAAACGAGCGGGUUAAGAUCAUCUCUGACCCCUCUCACCCUGGCCACAAAUUCUUUGAAUCACUUCCCUCUGGAAGGCGACUCCGGACUGUCAAAGCUGCCACAGCCAGACAUAAAAACAGCUUUUUUUUCUACUAGGAGUAGCUCUACUCAAUAACCAAAAAUCUGUAGCCUCCUUUUGCUCUGGUAUUUUGUUUAAUUCACAUAUUUAAUCAAUAAUAUUUUAUUAUUAAUGUUUUGUGUGUCAUUCCUGUCACUAUGUCGUUGUUACUUGCGUGCGGAGCACCAAGGCAAAUUGCUUUACGUGAAUACUUGGCCAAUAAACUUAUUCAUUCUUUCAUAAAAGCAGCAGUUCCGCCAUGAUCUCUGCCUAUCUUUCAAAGGAAUUAUAAUGAGAUUGCUCCAAACCAUCACUUUUAUAUUAAUUUUGAUACUUAAACUAGGCAUUCUGAUCAUGUACUAUCUUGAGAAUCAAAUUACAAUCUUAUCAGACAAAUUUGUGAUUGGAAUUUAUCUAGAUUAUGUUGAGAAGUUAAUCCGAGAGAAAUGGAUGAGAUUUUUCAAGAUCUUAUUUUUCAAUUAUCAAUAACUAAACAAAGCCUGUAGUUCAUUAGACCUGUGGUUUACUUAUAGAUAAAUAAACUUUUAUCAUUUUUCA